AAUGGCAAACCGUGCAGUCUUAUAUUUCCUUUUUAUGGUGGAGGUAUUUCCAAAAGGUCUAACAGCUGUGAUACAAACACAGCAGACUGUGAUGGCAGCAGUAGGAGAAGAUGUCCAUCUCAGCUGUCAGCUCAUGCAGUCUAGAGAUGUUCUUCAGGUCACAUGGCAGAAACUUUCACCUGAGGGGAAGAAGAAGAAUCUUGCCACCUACAACAAAUACUUCGGACAAACAGUGAAUCCUGAUUUUGAGGGGAAAGUGGAGUUUAAAGAUGCUGGACUGCAGAACUGCUCCAUAGUUAUCAGGAAGGUGAUGGAGCAGGAUGAAGGCUGCUAUCUCUGUGUGUUUUACAUGGAUCCUGAAGGUUCUCUGACAGGCAGAACCUGCCUCCAACUCUAUGAGCUGCAUGAACCCAUUCUACAAAUCAGAGAAUCAAACUCUACUGAAGAGACAGUUGUGUCCUGCUCGGCCACAGGUCGUCCUGCUCCCACAGUAACUCUGAAUGUCCCACAACAAGACCUCUACUUCUCUCACAACAGCACAGUCAGUGUCACCAACACCAACGGUACAGUCACCGUCACCACUACAGCUGUGCUGACUGGUUUCCAUGGAAACGGUGCACAGGUUGGAUGUGCAGCACGACUGCUCUCAGUCCCUGAAAUUCAGGUGUUUAAGACGAUUCCUGCAGUGAAACAAUCGUCUACUGAUGGUUUUGAUGAUGAAUCCGAUGAUGAAUCUGGAUCUGAUAAGAAUUUCACUUUGAUCGUUGCAUCGUUUGCGACAGUGGCCGUUGUUUGUGUUGCUGUAGUCGUCACUGUUGUCACUGUCCUGCUCAGACAUAAACAUAAGAACAGGAACGCUGAGGAGAUGGAGAUGACACAAGACCCUGAAGGGUGCAAAACACCUUUAAUGGAGAAGAAGAACCAGCAGAUCAGGAAACGGACAUCUCAGAAGAAAAGUCCAAAAGAGGAGAAACCAGAACCAUCAUCUUCCACAGUUAGAAGUUGAUUUAGUGACAAAUAACCUACAAGACUGUAGUUUCAAUACAAAGUCAGUCAGACUUGAACAAAGCUGCAUCAAAUCAUGUGUUGGUAAAAUGUUCAGAUAUUGUAAAAGAAUCAAAAUGUGUCCUGAACAAGAUGAAUCUCUCAUCUUAUAUCUCCAGAUCAAAAAGAUUAAUGUAUACAGAGGUUUUGAUGUU